AUAUGUUUGUGAUUGAUUUUUCAGGCCAUGUGGCCAAGGUUGGUAGCUAGUAAGAUUCUUAGAAAAAGAUUAGGAAGCAACAAUUUCGUUGCUGAUUUUCCAAUCAACAGCAUCGAAAGUUCGUUAAAUGAUCAGUCCUUGAUCAGCUCUGAGAUUAUAUGUAGUAAUAUGGAUGAUCAUGUGGAGACACAAAAGUACAAGAUAUUUGUUAGUACAUGGAACGUUGGCGGGGUUGCACCAUCCGACAAUAUGAGUAUAGAGGAGUUGCUAGAUGCAUGCAACACUUCUUGUGACAUUUAUGUUUUUGGAUUUCAAGAAGUUGUGCCUCUGAGAGCCUCAAAUGUGCUAGGAUCAGAGAACAAUAGAAACACCAGGAAAUGGAAUUCCUUGAUCAGAGAAGCUCUCAACAAGAAAACAAUCAGCCAACAUAGAAAUGAAGAAAAUCACAUUGGCUUUCAACCAAAACCAUUGGAAAGUAGCAUUUCGCCAGAGUUUCGAUGUAUCAUAAGUAAGCAAAUGGUUGGGAUAUUGAUAUCGGUUUGGAUCCGAAAUGAUCUUCGACAGUACAUUCAGAACCCUAAUGUUUCAUGUGUGGGUUGCGGUAUCAUGGGUUGCUUAGGAAAUAAGGGUUCGGUGUCAGUUCGGUUUCGGUUACAUGAAACAAGCUUCUGCUUUGUGUGCACUCAUUUGGCUUCAGGGGGCAGAGAAGGCGAUGAGAGACACAGGAACUCCAACGGGGCCGAAAUACUGUCUCGAACUGGCUUUCCAAGAGGCCCUUCACUUGAUUUGCCACGAAAAAUUCUUGACCAUGAUCGGAUAAUUGUGCUUGGAGACUUGAAUUAUCGGAUUUCUUUGCCAGAACUGGAGACAAGAUUAUUAGUCGAUAAAGGAGAAUGGAAUACUUUACUACAAAAUGAUCAGCUAAAAAUGGAGCUUACGGAUGGUCAAGUGUUCCAAGGAUGGCAGGAAGGAACGAUUAAAUUCGCGCCUACUUAUAAGUAUUAUCCGAAUUCUAACGAUUACUUUGGCGGUGUUGAAGGGAAGAAGGACAAAAAGAAACGCGCUCCUGCAUGGUGUGAUCGGAUAAUUUGGUUUGGAAUGGGGUUAAAGCAACACUCGUACACGAGAGGAGAAUUAAGUUUGUCGGAUCACAGACCGGUGAAGGCGAUUUUCAGUACUGAGGUAAGAGAGUUUGUCAAAGAUUGAAAGGGCGCCUAACGAGUUUCCUCCGAUCAGAGAGAUUUGAAUUAGGGUUCACAAGAUCGAUCGGCUAGACAUGCAUUCAAUUGGCCAAUCAAGCUUCUAAGAGAAAUUUUUUGACACCGUACGUAAUAGAACAAGGGAGAGGAUCCUCUUUCACUCCAUGAAAAUAUUGGACUAGAUCGUCUAGUUAGCAUAAUUGUGGGCUCUUAUCAGACGCAUUUUGAUGAUUUAAACCGUUCAUGAUUUAGGGCUUGUCAAUAAUAACAUUCACGUCAAAAA